GCUGAAAUCGAAGUCGACCUCUAUGAGAUCCUAGGGAUCCACCGAGGCGCGAGUGCCGAUGAGAUUCGCAAGGCCUACCGGAAGGCCGCUCUUGCCCACCAUCCCGACAAAGUUCCCGAAGACGAGCGCCCCGCAGCUGAAGCCAAGUUCAUCAGUGUUCAGAAGGCCUACGAGAUUCUCUCCGAUGAUGAUAAACGCCACCUCUACGAUACACAUGGCAUGUCUGCCUUCAACGGUUCCGGUGAGCCUGGCAUGGGCGGUGGCAUGGGAGGCAUGCCUCCAGGCUUCGAAGAGAUGUUCGCCGAGAUGUUCAGCGGAGGCAUGGGCGGUAUGCCUGGGAUGGGCGGCAUGGGUGGUAUGGGUGGCAUGCCCGGAGGCGGCCGACCCCGGAGAAGCCCAGAUGAAGAGCAAGAGUAUGAGGUCAGUUUGGAGGAACUAUACAAGGGCAAGACUGUCAAAUUUGCCAGCACCAAGAACGUGAUUUGCAGCCUGUGCAAGGGUAAGGGUGGAAAGGAGAAGGCCACGGCCAAGAAGUGCUCCACUUGUGACGGUCACGGCCUUCAGGAGGUGAUUACCCAGAUGGGACAGUUCCUUACCAAGCAGACGCGCCCUUGCUCCGUGUGUAACGGCCAGGGUUCGUUCUUCAGCCCCAAGGACAAGUGCAAGAAGUGCAAGGGAAAGCGGACAAUCGAGGAGAAGAAGAUGCUGGAGAUCUACAUUGCUCCUGGUUCUCGCGAGGGUGAGAAGAUUGUCCUGGAAGGCGAGGCGGACCAAAUUCCAGACCGUGAAAACGGCGACAUCGUGUUCAAGCUGGUCCAGGAGGAGCACGAAGUCUUCGACCGAGCUGGCUCUGAUCUGCGAGCAGCUAUCGACAUCACUCUGGCCGAGGCCUUGACUGGGUUCUCGCGUGUUGUGUUGAAGCAUCUCGAUGGGCGUGGUAUUGAGAUCACUCACCCGGCCGGCAAGGUUCUGUCCACCGGGCAAGUGCUCAAGGUCCCCGGUGAGGCGACUCUCGGGGGUGAUCUCUACUUGGCUGUGAACGUCAAGUUCCCUGAUGAGUUGUGGAAUCCCACUCCUGAGGUGUUGGAGAAGCUGAAGGAGCUGCUUCCCAAGCCCGACCCGGCCAUCGAAGCCACUACCGUUGACGAGGUCGAGUACGACCCCAACGGCAACAUGGACGAUUUCGGUGCUCGAGACGCCCAGGGCGGUUCGGCCUGGGUUGACGACGAUGAUGACGAGGAGCCAGCGCAGUGCGCGGCCCAGUAA